ACCGCACACCCGGACGUGUUCCGACCCACCGGCACACCACCAGAGGGACCGGCUCCGGCACUACACGGCUGAGACGACGCAGCCACCAGGAUGCUAUCUGCAGCUGGAAUCAGCUCCUGAGAUGUUGUUCAGGGCACGAAGCUGUUGAUGUUUCACCUCAUCGGCCUGCAGGAGACUCGACUGGACUUCACCUGGCAGAACCCUCCACAGCUGGUCCGUUUUGGGGUUUGGACGCCGACAUGGAUGGCAUUGACGACUGCUACGUCUGGCAGCGGCGCAUCGCUCACGGCACCCGGCAUCAGAAAGGCGCCGUUCCCUUCCCGGAGUCGGUUAAGAUCGGCCUGGAGUUCAACGCGGCGCUGGAGAGGAAGGACAAGCUGGACCGGAGCCUGCUGACGAACGGCGUCAUGCUGGAGAUUUCUAACUUCGCCAGGACGGUGACCAAGUCCGAGAAGUACUUCCUGUUUGAGAUGCUGGAGUUCAACUUCGACCUGGGCGUGGACGUGGACAACGGCCAGCAGUGCUACGCCUACUCGCUACGAGUUCACAACAAGAUCAAGCAGCUGAAGGAGCAAAUCAAGCUGAAGGCCAGCAGGUGGAAAGAGGUGUUUACGCUGCCAGAUCCGAGCUUCACGUCGGCGUCUGCAGGGUCGGAGGUGCUGAGGCAGUACUUCCCCAAACACAACACAACUGUGGACGUGUCACUGCUCAGCGACAGCAGCCAGAACCGCCAGAGGGCCGACAGCAGCAGCUCCCACCUCACCAGGAAACGAGGAGUCCGGGCCAAGCGAACAGAGGAAGCAUAUCCUUUCUGCGCCGCACUCGGCGUGACUCUGGCCGUCAGACCGAACCAAGCGGCCAAACAGAAGCUCGACCAGAACCUCCUCACCAACGGGGUGAUGCUGGAGCUGCUGGACUUCUCCAGAGAGCUGUGUGGAACGCACACCCGCAUGGUCUUCGACUUGGUGAAGCAGAACUUUGGUUUCGAGAUGAACAAACUGCUGUUCCGAAUGCAGCUCAACAGGACGGUGGAGAGAAGGAACACCUGCCUGACCGCCGAGGACAAGGACGCCUUCUGUAAGGAGCUCUUCAGAUUCCAGCCCGAAAAGAAACGUGCCAAGAGGAAAAAACCUGAUGCCGAUGAGCAGGAGGUAGAAAUCCUGACCAGCCGGAGGAGGCGGACGCUGAGGCAGAGGAGCGACGCCGGAGAGCCCUGGGAGGACGACGACGACCUGUCCUACAUGUGUCCGGUUGACUCGGAGCCAGAAACCAUGUCAGGAGCAUACGCUGGGCCAUCAGAUGUGACGCUGGACAUGUGUUGGUCAGACGCAGAAACAGACUUGUCAGAGAACGUAAAGCAGGAAGAGGAGGAAGUGUUCAUCUCGCCGACGCUGCUGCAGAGUCCCGGCUACAAGUCUGAGGGUCUGAGGUCAGACGCAGAGAAGGAGAAGCUGUGGCAGAGACGAGCUGAUCGCACAAACAAGAUCCUGACGUUCACUCGAGUCAACGACCUGUUUGUCCACUGCAGACAGAUCGGUUUGGACUUUAACGUUGGUUCUCACAAGAAGCAGAACUUGGAUCUGCGGCUGUUCACCAACUGGGUGCUGUGGGAGGUCUACAAGUUUGGAACAGCCAUGAAAAACAGUUUACGCCAUUUCUUACUUGAGAUUCUGCACAACAACUUCCAGCUCCCGCCCCAAGACGAAGCACAGGAGCGUAACUUCCUCAUUUACAUGGCGACAAGGGAGAGGGUUCUGCAGAAACACAGCGACAGGCAGAACAUGGAGUUCCUCUGCAGGCCUUUCAAGUUCCCUCAAGUUUACAACGUGAGCAGCAGCUUGAAAGACGUGACGACGGAGCAGCAGGAGGUCCCGCAGGCCGCCGACGAGACGCAUCCCUUCUGUAAAAUGAUCGGCCUCAACCUGUGGUCGACUGGGGAGCGUCCAGCCAAUCAGAAGCUCCACCUGGCCGUCCUGACGUCAGGUGCCGUGAUGGAGAUGUUCAGCUUCGUCAGGCUGCUGCGUGGAAACGUCCACGACACCGUGAGCGACGUCCUCGAGCACAACUUCGAUCUGGACCUGCAGAGCGGUCGCACGGAGGUGGCACAGGUGAUCCAGAGGUGGUUCAUGACUCAGCAAAGCCUGAUGAAGAAGCAGCGCUUCUUGAAGGCGAACAGGUGGUUGAACACGGCCGUCCCCCUGAGCCGACCGUCGCUGAGCGGCAUCGACCCAAACACCGACGACUCUGAGCCCGACAGCAAACCUGUGAGUGGAGGCGAGCAGCAGCAGAACAGGGCUUACAGCAUCUGCCAGCAGAUCGGACUGGACCUGGACAUCAGCCGUAAACCAGAAGCCAAAGCAAAGCUGGACCUGCAGGUUCUGACCAGGGCCGUCCUGUUCGAGGUACACCAGUACGUCGAGCAGAACUGCAACCGCUACGUUCCCGCUCUGUACGAGAUCCUGGAGUACAACUUCGACCUGAGCUCUCAGAGCCACCGCAGGGUGGAGUUCGCCUGGUCCAUCGCCUCGCAGGUCAUCGCCAUGGCAGCCAAACACGGCAGGAGGGGAGGAUACCUGGACGCCGUGUUCCAGCUGCCCUUCGAGGGCGGCGAGGCGGCGCAGGUCGGCUGCAAAGACGAGCCGCAGGACGACUCGGACCAGCCGGACCUCAGCGAAGAUGCCGACGUCAUGUUUGUCCGUAAACUGAAGCCCGUCGACAUCGAGGUGGAGAUCGACUAGCUGCUGGACACCACACUGUAGAUGCAGCCCCAGGUCAGAACUCUGUCGGUCUGUGGAUGGUUUGGCUCAUGAGAACCUUCUAGAACUGGAGGUAAUGACAUUUAAAAGCUGAAGUCACAGCGUGUGCACAAGUGUUGCUUUAAAGAAUCCCUGUUGGUUCAUACAGGGCUUAGUUCUGUCAGUGUCUGGCCUUCGUGAAUGUGGGGUUUAUUGUGGCGCUGCUGAAUAACCAAUCUGAUCAUCAGUCUCUUCUAGCAGGAAAAAUAAAGUCACGUUUUCACCAACUGA